GUAAAAUGGCGGACAAGUAAGGAGAGCGCGAGUAAGCAAAAUUAAGUUAUUUAACGUGCUCAAAAUGCCUCUGGGAGAUGAUCCUCAAUGCGCGGCUUGUAAAAUUAACCAUUCUUUGAUGUGGAGAAAAGGGUCAAACAGUGAAACCCUUUGCAAUAGCUGUCAUUUAAAGAGAGUGACUACAAAUACCCGUUCCCAAAGGCAGAGCUCUAAGGAGAGUAGAAAGCUUGUAGCAAGGAUCAGGGCAGGAUCACGAAAAGGUCACUGGAAUGGAAAAGGCGGUGAACGAGGAAGAGAACGGGGACGGAGAACUAUUCACAAGAUAAAGCGAAAACCCUACAAAUCUCCAGAUGGUGUUGCCACUGUGGUUGCAUCUGACAGACUAUACUUCAAGAAUGUUUUGUAUCAAGUUGGUGAUGUUGUUUCAGUAGAAGACAUUGAUGGUGACAUAUAUUUUGCACAAAUAAGAGGAUUCUUACAAGAUGAAUUUGCACAGAAAAGUGCUGUAAUUACUUGGCUAAUCCCUACCGUUUCCAACCCUUCUCACUUUGAUCCAGCAAUAUUUCUGCCAGGACCUGAGGAGGAUGUUCCUCGACCAAUGGAAUGUUUAGAGUUUGUAUGCAGAGCACCAUCUGACUUGUUUAAAGCUCACAGAGAUCACAGUCCUUUUGUUGUUCCUAAACAACCUGAUAUAAAUGACUUGACAAUUGCUGCUGAACUUUUACUGGACAGAGUAUCUCCAUGACAACUACAGCAUGACUAUCUUACACAUUAACACAGGAAUCCCACAUUCAUUUGAAUCAAUAUUGUAAAGAUCUGAUUUUUCUGUAUAUAAAAGUGUAAAUUAAAACUAAUAAAUGAUAGGAAAUUGCU